AUGGAACUUCCUCUCUCUCGUUGUGCACUUUCGAAGAAAAAGAAAUCCAGUGGAGCCAAGAGGCAGAAAUCCAUUAGGGCUCCCGGUGCUCGGAAUAGUAGCAGCAGCUGCCGUUACUUUCUAUGUCGUCAGCUUCUCCGAGCUUCAAGAGAAAAGGAUCUGGAGGUUGGAACUGGUAAAGGAGAAAAGCAAAAGCAUUGA